CACAGACAUCCGAACUAGUCACAACAGACGCACAUGAUUUUCAUAACCCAAGUGAACUGAACUAAACAAACCAAUCUCCCAAAAUGGCAACUGCACUUUCCUUUUCCUCCUCACUCUCCUCCUCAAAUCUCACCUCCAUUCUCAAAAACCCUAGAAUCUCAUCUCUUCCCAUCUCUAACCACCUCUUCAUAGCCUCCUCUUCUUCUUCAGCUCCCAAGGCUCGCUUCGUUGCUCGCCGCCAAGAAUCCGUCUCCGUCACGCCGCUCCAACGCCCUCUCCUUGAGUAUAUGAGCCUUCCUGCUAGUCAGUACUCAGUUCUCGAUGCCGAAAGGAUUGAGCGUGUCGAUGACAAUACGUUCCGGUGUUAUGUGUAUAGAUUUAAGUUCUUCGCGUUUGAAGUAUGUCCGGUUUUGUUAGUCAAGGUUGAGGAACAACCUAAUGGCUGUUGCAUUAAGUUGCUGUCGUGUGAGCUUGAGGGUUCGCCUAUUGUGGUUGCACAGAACAAUAAAUUUGAUGCUUCCAUGGAGAAUAGGAUAUCAUGUCACAGCAGUGGGAGCAUCUCAUCUGUUGAAAAACUCACUUCGGACACAACUAUUGAGGUAAAUAUUGAGAUUCCUUUUGCAUUUCGAGCAAUUCCAGUACAAGCCAUUGAAUCUUCUGGCGCACAGGUUCUUGAACAGAUACUAAAAAUUAUGCUCCCUCGUUUCAUGGCACAGCUAGUGAAGGACUAUCAAGCAUGGGCUUCUGGUGAUUCCACAAGGCAAGCACUUGGAACUGGUCAAAUCUGAGUAUCAAUAAGCCGAAUUUCAACAAUUAGGAUUAGUUAUGCAUCUUCUUCCAUUUAAUUUAUAAAUUAUGAUGUCAAUGUGAUAGUACGGCUAAAUUGUGCAUGCCAUUACUUUGACAACGAAGAAUACUGAUCUUUAGGUGAAUAAUAUAUCUGUUGUGUCA